UUCCAUUUCGUAAUCUAGUUUGCUCAUCCGAAAAUAGAUUUUAUCGUAUAGUCCACAGAUAAUGAGAAUGUAUUAUCUACAAAGUGCUAAUUAUAGAAGGAAUAUUUCAGUUUAAUUGUACUCGUCGUCCGAAAUCUUGCUCUUGUAAUAAACGGUAAAUCGGCAUCAUGGAGCCUCUGAGUGCGAUUCUUUAUACCAAAACGUUUUGGAUCACGUCCCUGUUUCUCACCAUCUAUUUGUACCUCAAAUAUGUGGUUUACAAUGUUUGGGCUAAUAGAGGAGUUCCCCAUGAUCCCCCGUCGAUUCCACUCGGAAACAUUCCUGUCAAGUACUUCCAAGGAAAAACAACACAUGGUGCUAUCGUGAAAGAGAGUUACGACAGGUACAAGACGAAUCCCUUUUACGGGAUGUAUAUGCUGUAUAUGCCGAUACUGGUCGUAAAGGAUCCUGAGCUCAUUCAACUUAUCCUGGUGAAGCAUUUCAACAGCUUCUACAACAGAGGUACGCUGUACAAUGAGAGCAAAGAUCCCUUAUCUACGGGAUUGGUGAGGUUGUACGAUGAGAAAUGGAAGAGACUUCGGGUUAAGCUCUCGCCCACUUUCACGUCUGGCAAGUUGAAGCUCAUGUAUCCACUGGUGAAAGAGAUUUGCGAUGAGCUGUUGAGAGUUUACGAGGACGUGCUUGAUAAGUCCGACGUCGUUGAAAUCAAGGACAUCACUAAUAGGUUCACCAUAGAUUGCAUCUCAUCGAUCGCAUUCGGCUUCAACUGCGACAGUCUGCAUCAGCCAGAUAACGAAUUUCUCAAGUACGGAAAAAUAAGCAACGAUCUCGGCCGAGUUUUCUUAAUAUUCAGCUUUUUCGUGCCACGAUUGGUCAGUCUGUUCCCUAUUCCGGAGAAAAGGAAAAAAGUGAGCGAAUUUUUCUACGAUCUUUUCGAGAAAAUGGUAUCGCAUCGAAGGAAGGACAAAACUGUCAGAAACGACUUUCUGAACAUGCUCAUGCAGCUGAUGGAUCAUGGAAAGGUUGAGGAGGACGACGAUGCACCGUCGAAAUCGAAUUCGUUAACGAAGAUAACCGACGCCGAUAAAAUAACGAUGGUGGAAGCUGUCGGCCAGUCGAUGUUCUUCUUCGCGGCUGGACAGGAAACGACUGCAUCUGCGAUAACUUAUUGCCUGUACGAGCUGUCCUUUAACCAGGAUAUCCAAGAAGAGCUCUACAACGAAAUAAGCCAAGUGGCCCACAGUCCUGAAGGUCUUACGUACGAGAAACUCUUUAGCAUGCCGUACCUUGACAUGGUGUUCCGAGAAACUUUGAGGAAACAUCCAGGAGCUCCGAUGCUCAAUCGCCAAGCUAGCGAAGAUUUCGUCGUUCCUGGCUCGCACUUCGUGAUAAAAAAGGGUACCAGAAUCGUUAUCCCAAUCAAGGCUUUACACGCCGAUCCUGACAUUUAUCCUGAUCCGGAUAAAUUCGACCCCACCAGAUUCACAUCUGAGAACAAGGCCAAAAGACACGCUUUCACGUACAUACCCUUCGGUGAAGGGCCGAGACACUGCAUAGGCAAACGUCUCGGAAUCCUGAAGCCAAAGAUUGCUCUGUUCUAUUUACUUCUCAACUACAAGUUCUCCGUCUGUGAUAAAACACCGAUACCUCUGAGAUAUAUGACCGAUUACUUUGUGCAAGUGCCCGCCGGCCAGGUCUAUCUAAAAGUGGAGAAAAGAAAUGGUACUUUAAGCGAUAAAGCUUCGCGACCUUGGAAUUCAGCUAACUGAUAUAACUUGCUGAAGAGUCACUAUAUAUACAUCAUCUGCGUAUUCCGAUGCUCGCGCAGUUUCCUGCUUGAUAAAACUGUCCGCAAUAUAAGUUCAGACGAUAUCUCUUCCAACCGACGCAGUAUAUCCUCGCUAGAUUUCAUACCACAAUUCGAUAUGUACUUAUAAUAUACGAAUAAUAUUUUAACCAUAUCCUGUCA